AUGUCUAUUACCACAGAAACAAAAAAAACACCAAUAGAUUUCUUAGUUGAAUUGAUACCCAACACAGAACCCAAUCAGAUCAUCUCUUAUCUAGAGGAAGUUCACUACGACUUGAGAAAAGCUAUUUUUUAUUUUAUGUCUUGUGAUGAUGAAGAUGAUCAAUUUGGUUAUUUAGUUGAUAACAACAAUAAUAAUAGUAAUAAUAAUACAAAUAAUAACAGUAGAUUAUCUAUAAAUUCAAAAUCAUUCACACCUUCUGGUACUGGUAAUCUACUAACAAUGAAUAACAAUAGUAAUAGUAAUAGUAAUAAUGAUAUAAAGAGUAAUAGCAAUAAUAGUAAUAAUAAUUCAUCUAUGCCAGAUUGUAAAUUUUUUCUAAAUGGAGCUUGCUCUAAUGAUAGAUGUGCAUUCUAUCAUGACCAGAGCAAAGCACCUAUUAAAACAGUUUGUAAAUAUUAUCAUCUAAGUGGGGAGUGUUUAGUGAAGAAUUGUUCUUUUCUACACUCUAACACGACAAUUAUAUAUAUUACACCACCGAAAACAACUACAACAACAUCAAUAAAACCACAGCAAAAACAAUUAUCAUUCACUGAAAAAGAUUUCCCAGGUCUACAACCUACAAAUAAAAACAACAGCAACAACAACAAUGACAAUAUUAAGCAGAUAAAUAACAAGAGUAACACUCUCGUCAACAACAACAACAAAGAAUUUACAUCAUCACAAUUCACCAUUAAAACUAAAGUUACUAAAUCUAAAGCCAAUGUUAAUCAGCAGCAGCAACAACAACAAAAACAACAACCAAAUAGUAAUAAUAAUAAUAAUCAAAAAUCAAAUUUAGAAGAGCAAUCGAAUGCAGCAAAUACAAUUGCAAAUUCAACAAAACAACAGAAUCACAAUCAACAAAAUAACAGUUUCCCAAGUCUUUCAGAGUCGUUGUCUAUCAAAGGUACGAAACCCAAGAAGACUGCUACUCCUUCCACUCUUUCGGAUGCCCAGCAAGUCAAUAUAGGACAGUUGAAACAUUUGUUCUCUCACGUCUCAAUUGAUCAAAUCUUAGAGUCCCGCAAAUCUCAGUCUAUUGUGCGUGAUGACUCAGUAGCUAUCGAAUAUGGACGUCGUAUUUCAUGGAGUGAAACAGGUGAAAGCAUUGCAGGACUCUACAGUCAAUUCAGAGACGAAGCUAUUCUCCACGCCAGAGAGAGAAACAGAUGUUUUGACCUAUCUAUAAAACAUUUCGGCAAAGGAGAAGGUGAAAAAGCCAAGAAAUAUUCGCUGGAGGGUCGAGAGCACGAUAGAAAGAUGAAAGAAUUACAUGAAAAAGCAAAGGAACAGAUUUUCUAUCAAAGAAACAAGGAUUAUCCACAGAACAUUAUGGAUCUACAUGGUCUAGAAUGGUUAUUCAUAUCGUGA